AUGCGUUCAGCGGUCGUGUUGGAGCAGUACAAUGCCGUGCGUGAACAGCUGCAAGCCCGUAUUGCGGAGAAAAUUCGAAGACAAAUGAGCACACUCGUUGGCAAUAUGGAAAGCGCCGAUUUGCUGCUGGUGGCAGCCGAUGGCCGUAAACUGCCAGCACAUGAAUGCAUAUUACGAGCACGAGCUCCAGGAUUUUAUCAACGUCAUGUUGAGGCUACCGUGUCGGCAAUGGGCCGACAAGAUGGACGUCUUAGAGAGGUGGCCAUCGGGGACAUCGAUUCGUCCGGACUGGAGUUUUUCAUACACUCCGUGUACACAGAGGACGAAAUGGCUCAGUUUCCAUCGCCACUCGAAGAUGAACGCCGCGACUCAUCGCGUGCGUCGAACCGAUCACUCGCAAUGGAUGAAUCCACGGCUGAGUUGGAUUUUCACCAGAGAGGGGCGGAUGAUAGGUCGUUAGAAGAGGAGACUCCGACCACCGGACGGCCGCCCCUCGGUGAUGUUCUAGCGUCCGGAAGUUAUCCUUCUUCUCCCCGUCGAGUAAUGUCGUCAUCGACUCCACCCCAAAUGUCGUCGUCGGCUACAACAGCUCAUCAACCUGUAGCGUACGCUAUGGCAUCCCCUGCAGCUGCGAUGACGUCCUCGGCUCCUGUGAUGACGUCGUUCAGAGAUCUGGCAACCGGCUCGCCGAUGACGAGUUCCGCGUAUUCUCUCGGCGGGAGAAGCGAGGUCACUGACAUACCGGAGGAGGAUGAAGAUGCACACGUGGAAAGGCGUCAAAGUCGAGGAGAAAGACCGAAACAGAUAUUCCCGAUGUUCAUUGGAUUGGCGGACAAUGACCUCGAUCGUACUCCCGAUGUGCCUCGUAGCGGACGGAUUAUCAUGACAAAACGAUUAUCGAUGACGUCAUUGACAUCGUUAAAUAGUAUUGAUAUGACGCCUACUUCUGAA